AUGUGCGUAAUUACUUUAUUGCCCGAAGAAUACAGUCCACCGAUGCCCCACUUUCCUUUUCGUAUCCAACUAUACGUGCGCGCGACCGAUGCCGACCUUGGUGUCAAUGCGAGAGUUUCCUAUCGCAUUUUCCGCCCUCCUCAUCCUCUGGAGUUCCAGUCUGGAUUUGACCGUAGCAUGACUCCGUUUGAAGUGGAUCCACAAUCAGGUCAGCUGAUCAUCAGUCGUGCUCUGGACGAUGAAAUUGGGGGAGAAUCACAAGUUCUCGUUGAAGCCUGCGAUUCAUCUGCAACCACGGGCGUUUCCACUCAACUCUGCUCGUCUCCAGCCAGGAUUGUUAUUCGUCUCGCCAAACGCGCACCCGACGUUGUGCCGCAAAUUGCUUGUACCUCGUCAUCCGUUUUGGAGGAUGAUCAUCUGUUGGACAGAGAUGUUGCAUUCUGUCAGGUUCGACCGGACAAUCUAUCAGGCACUUGGAUACUUACAAGUGCAACCGGCGAGUUCGGGUUAAGUGUUGGAUCAUUUCGGAUAGACCCGCGGUCUGGCCAUGUGUAUACUACCCAGCCGCUGGAUUACGAGCGUGGUCGAUUUUAUCAGCUAGCUGUCGAAUUUCAUUUGGACAACGUCAAACCGACGAUUGGCGCGCGCACGGAAUUCACACUCUCUGUCGUCGAUGUCAAUGAUUGUGCACCCGAGCUAGACACACCUGUUUAUUUGAUUGAACUGAUGGAGAACACUGUGAUUGGCACGCGGAUCACGCGAAUACUAGCUCGUGACAGAGAUGCAGAUCUGAAGGAUCCAAUCACUUAUUCUAUCUGGCCCUCUUCUUUGCCGGAAUCCGAAUUAUUGAGUCAAGGCGAUGAGACCGCUCAACAACGCCGACUUCGUCUUGAUACGCUCGCACGCGCUAACCCAGAGGUGAACCUUGUACGCCAUCAGUUUACAGUGGAUUCUGAAGGUUGGGUGAUUUUAAAGAGUCCACUAGAUUUCGAAUCGACGCGAGAACACAAAUUGAAGGUCGCUGCGAUGGAUGCCGUCGGGCACUGGAACUCAAGCAUGGUCGUCAUCUCCAUCAUAGAUGUGAACGAUAAUGCCCCUCACUGGCCACUUAAGGAAAUAGAAAAUAACUCCUUGGAUCAUAUUAUUUAUGCUGACGUUCUACGGCAUCAAGUACUGCAAGCAGAUGUGACCGUCCCAGAAAACUGGUUACCAGACUCAAGUUUUUUGGUCUAUCAACUCAAGCUGGUGGAUCCUGACACACAAGUGGCGCUUACGCCAAGUUUCUUUCUUUUGCCCGAUACAUACACCGAAUCAGUGAAUGAGUUAAAAGCCAGCUCCUAUUUCUCCGUGUCAUCGUCAGGUGCCGUCCAGUUAAGACGGCCUCUCGAUCGGGAACAGACAGCGGAGUACAUUCUCAAGUUUCGUGGUUCCGAUGGUGUAUUCGUGACAAAGGACUCGUUCGUCCUUAGAGUACGGGUGGAGGACGCAAAUGACAACGCACCAAUUUGUUUGGAACCUGAACGUAUUCUGUCGGUUGCUGAAGAUACCAAGCGUGGGACUGUGCUUACUCAGCUUGUGGCUACCGAUGCAGAUGCUGAUCUUCUGAAUUCCGAAGUUUCUUACCGCCUCAGCUCCGGUGAUCCCAGUCUUUUUGAUAUCAAUAGCACUGUGGGACUUGUGCAACUUGGAGGAGACCUGGACUUUGAAACGAAAGAAUCCCACGAACUCAGUGUCAUUGCUAGUGACCCUGGGGGCUUGGGUUGCCUGUUUCAUGUCGUCGUACACGUUCUCGAUGUGAACGACAAUCCUCCCGAAUUUGAACCUGUCGCGAUCAGUCCCAUCCCUGAAGAUGCUCCUCUUGGUAGCCUGGUGGGGAAAGUGACUGCUAGAGAUCGAGAUUUGGGUAUGAAGACGGCAUUGACCAGAGCAGCCGAGUUUGCUGGCAGUGGUUUUUAUACUUCGCUGCCAAUUCAUUGUUUGACCACCUCUGGUUCGUUUCCACGUGGUUGUGCGAAAAGAACCCUUCGAGGAAUUGACUCAAAUCGUCUGGUCUACAGCCUCGACUCGGCACAUGAAGCCAGUUUCACCGUCGAGCCGCAUACGGGGCUGUUGAAGGUCAGCCGAACAUUGGAUCGUGAGACUCAGAGUGUGCAUACCUUGACCGUCUUCGUAACAGACGGUUCAUCUUCGUCUUCAAUUUACUCCAAGAGUGCCAACCAAUUCACGGCAACAACGACAUUCACUAUUCGUUUGCUGGAUGUUAAUGACUCACCACCGCAGUUCGUAAAUACCUCAGCGCAUAAAAUACACGUUUCCGAACUGGAGCCCGCUGGACGUCACUUGACUCGCUUGAAGGCGGUUAGUUUGGACGAGGGUACCAAUGCAGUGGUUCGUUACAGGCUGCUGACCAAACAACCGGAAUUCUCCUUGAACGAGACAACGGGUAAGUCGAAGAUUUGCCGCUUGGUCUUUGAAAACUUAAUUGCCCAAUUGUUUGACAGUACGUUUCCUCCCCUGAGCAUUCUCUGUAUUAGUUGUCAGUGUCUUCAGCUAAAUAAAACAAUAAGUUCUUUUUUAAGGAAACUACUCGUAGGUUUGUUGCCGAAAAGUUUUCAGCAACCUGGUUAA